AUGGCUGAUAUUGUGCGUCGAAACGGCAACGGACUAAUACCCAUUGCCCCAGCUUCGGCGGCAAAUGGUGCCCGGGGCUUAGGUUAUGAAAACGCUUCUUUGACACCAAUGCCGCAGGCUUGUCAGACAUGCGCUAAACGCAAAGUCAAAUGCGACAAGGUGGCGCCCAUUUGCUCCAGAUGCCGCAAGGGUGGGUUUGAAUGCAUUUACCAGACAACGACCCAACCGCGAUCACGGAAAAGAAAAGUCAGCGAUGAGGCGCUGGAAAAGCUCGCUCGAUAUGAGCGCAUACUUCAAGAGAAUGGGCUUUUGGAUGCUGAGACCCCAGCCCCUACUGGACACACGCCCUCCGAAGCAACUCGGCCUGCCCACCCCAGCCACCAGCCAGGGACCUCAAAAACGGGUAAACUCCUGACUGGUCGAGGCAAAUCGCGAUACGUCGAUAGUCACACCUGGUACACUCUCCCAGAUGAUGAGAUCCACAACAUUUCGGAUGAGGACGAAGAAGAUGAAGGGACCCCCAUGUCGAGAAUUCCCACCUCAUACUCAGACCCAUUGACCGGUACGCUACUUGGAGGCCCGGGACAUCAAAUUCUUACCCAAUAUCACCCAACCCGUGCCAAUGCUAUGGUGAUGUGGAAAAGAUAUGUUGAUAACGUGGAGCCUAUUUGCAAAGUCCUACACAUUCCGUCAACAACUCAGGUGGUGGACCUGGCGUCGCAACACCCUGAAACAGCCUCAAAAACCGAGGAAUGUCUCUUGUUUGCGAUCUACUAUGUCGCAGUAUAUUCUAUGUCGGAGGAAGACUGUGCAAAUUAUCUUAAACAGAAGCGCAGCGCAAUCAUGCAGCAGUACCACCAUGCUGCAAGACAAGCCCUUGUGAACGCGUCUUUCUUACGAACAACUGAAUUCUCGGUCCUCCAAGCUUUCUUUCUUUUCUUACUGCCCGCCCGCCACUCAUAUGACCCGCAUACCUACUGGAUCUUGACCGGUAUCGCAUCACGCAUAGGACAACGGAUUGGGCUUCACCAGGACGGAGAUAAACUCGGGCUACCUCCUUUCGAGGUUGAAAUGCGACGACGACUUUUCUGUCAAGUAUUCCCGCUCGACUUUAGAGCAGGCCAAUCUGUUGGUACCGAGUUUAUGGGUUUGCCCAUUUCCUGGGAUACUCAGCCUCCCCUCAAUAUCAAUGAUGACCAGAUUUGGCCUGGGAUGAUCAAACCUCCAACCGAGCAAAAAGGCGCCACGGAUAUGAUUUUUUGUUUGUCGCGCGCAUAUCUGGGUAAAAAUCUGAGUCGGGCGGGAAAUCCAAUCAACGGCGCUGCGCCCUGGGGAUUUUCAGACUAUCAUGAGGCGGAAAGACUUAUUAGCGCCGCAGAAAACGAGGUGGAGGAGAAGUUCGUACGAUACUGCGAUGUUAUUGAUCCACUGCAUUUCCUCACAAUUGGACUUGCUCGGUCCGGGUUGACUGCUAUGAGGCUCAGGGCCCGACUUCCUCAGGUCAGGGAUCCGAGCGCAACGGACGAAGAGAGAAAGGAGGCGUUUCAUCUUGCACAGAAAACUUUGGGUAUCGAUGCAGCUGUUCAUGCUCACGGCGGCAUCAGCAGGUUUCAAUGGCACAUCCGACCUUUCUUUUUGUGGGGUACACGAGAGGCAUUCAUCUUUAUUCUUACAGUUUUAUCAAAAAGCCGCGACUUGAUUACUCUUCAAGAGACGGAAACUGCCUGGAACAGCGUCGCGGAACUGUACAAAAACCAUGAAGAGCUUUUUGACGGCAGAGAAGCUUUGUAUGUGGGACUUCGAAGGUUGACCCUCAAGGCCUGGGACUCCUCUCAGUCAGAUAAUGUCGCUGCAGAGCCAGCAUUCAUUCGGACUCUUCGCCAUCUACAAGAUAGAAAGGGGGCAAGACACAAUCAAUUCCAGAGUGAAACGGCAGAGACACCAUCAAUGGAAUCCGAUAUUAUGGGCUUCACAAUGAGCACCGAUUUUGAAUUUGAUGUUGAUGACUGGGUUUCCUGGGACAAAAUCAUCCAAAAUCAUCAAAGUCAAGGUUGA